AAGUCGUCACGUCCGGUUCGUUCAUUUCACAAAUGAAAAAAUAGCGCGAUAUAUGCAGCAGCACAGAAGAUGAUGGGAACAAGCUUUCUGUCUUCAGAAAAAACUCGAAGUCCUCCAGUGAAAGUGUUAUCCAGCCAGCUGCGUGAAGGGAAAGAGUGCCACACAUCAACCGGAAGACCAGAGUAUGUUAUUAACCGACUGGGACCCGGCGAACAGAGCACGUUACAGGUGUCAGUGGUCUGGAUGCAGGGGACAGUGCUGGAGGUGCACACCGAUCACAACACGGUGCUCAUCCUGGACGAGACCGGGAACUUUCUCGUCAGCGGCGUCAACAGCGUGCCGAAAGGAAAACCCUGCCUGAGUCCAGGGAAAUACGUCAUGGUUAUGGGUGUCAUCCAGUCUCAUAGUCCAGAGCCAGUGUUGCGUGCUGUGAAGAUGGCAGAUCUUUCUGAAAAUGCAUUGAUUCACCGGAAAAACUGGAUCUAUGAAGUAGAAGAUCUCCAGCAGAUUUUGCCCUAAAUCUUUUAUCACUGAUGUGUUUUCUUUGUGCUCUCACAAUAUUUGCGAAGCAAAUUGAGGGAGAAAAUAGAACUUACAAGACCUGCACACGACAAGUGUUUUAAGUGAGAAAGCAUAAACAUUUAUUUAUAUAUAUUUUUCUGUCAGUUUCAUUACAGAUAGAACUGAGUAUACAGUUUUUCACAGUAAUUAUAUACAAAUCACAUGUUACAGAGAUUUCUUUACAAUGGUGAUGUAUGUUAGUACAAUUAUAUAUCAAAAAAUAAAAAAAAUCAAUUUAUUUUCAAUUAAA